CCCGCCGGCCGCCCGGCUCCCGCCGCCGCGCCUGCUGCAUGCUCGGUGCCGCCUCAGCCCCAGCCGGAGGUGGUGGAAGAUGGCGGAGCCGGGGCCGGAUUGCAGCUCUCUGCUCGAUGAGGAUCUUUCCUCCUUCGUCUUCAGUUACCUCGCUGACAGCCAGUACGAGGUGUCUGGCGAGGAGCAUCUCUACUCUGACUUCCCCGAGAUCGAUCUGUCUCAGCUGGAUGCCAGCGACUUCGACUCGGCCAGCUGCUUCAGCGAGCUGCAGUGGUGCGGGGAGCACUCGGAGACAGACUCCAGCCAGUACAGCACCGAUGACUCCGAGCUCUUCCAGAUAAUAGACAGCGAGAACGAAGCGCUGCUGGCAGCCCUCACGGAGACAUUGGAUGAUAUACAGGGAGAUGACAUGGGCCUGGCUGCCUUCCGAACUAUGGAAGAGGGGGACACGCUCAACCAUGCCUACACCUCACCUGCCCCCUCCCCCAAACCCACCGCCCCGGUCAUGGGGGGGCCGCCCCCGGCCCCCGAGUUUGAUGAGCUGUCUCUACUGAAGAAGUUGCUCCUCUCUCCAUCGCACAUGCCUCCGAGCUGUGAGGCUCAGCGGGACGGGAGUGCCCGGCGCCCGGGGACCCCAAAAUCCCGACCAGCACGGCCCUGCACGAAGGUGGAGGGUUCCCGGGACAGGAGGGCGAGUGUCCCGCAGGCACAGAGCCGCAGCUGCACCGAACUGCACCGGCACCUCACCUCCACCACCCCCUGCUCCCAGACCAAAGCCCCCCAGACACCUGAGGAGUGCCCCAGCGGUGGCCACCACCCGUCCCCGGGCGACUGCGCCCAUCACGAGGACGACAGCGACUCCAGCGAGGACUCGCUGAGCUCCGGCGACUCGGUGACGCCCCUCUCCUCAGCAGAGGACGGCUCCGGCAGCCAGUUCUCCUGCGAGGGGGAGAUGCACUCCGUGGUGGAGCUCAUCCGCUACAUGCACACCUACUGCCUGCCGCCGCGGAAGCUGCCCGCCCGCGACGCCGCCGACGCCAAGCCCCAGCCCUGCAGCAGCCCCUUCAAGAGAGCCAAACCGGACUGUCCCGCCCAGCCGGGCCCCGCUGGCAGCGCCCAGAGCCGGCCAGGCUGUGCCUGGCAGGCAGCCGGGGGCUGCAAGAAGCCCGGAGCAUCCUUCUCCAUCCUGAAGGAGCUGCUGGCGCGGGACCUGCUGUGUGACGUGAGCAAGCCAUACCGCCUGGGCAAGCCCGUGUACGCUGCCCUGGCACGGCCGCCCGGCUCCUGCUCCCCUGUGCCGCCCACCCGGGAUGGGGAGGAUGCCAGUGGGACUUGCACCUCCAGAGUGAAAACGGCACCGGAGAAGGGUGAGCCACGGCAGAGCCCUGGGGCUGAGGCAGAGGCACCGCGGGAGCUGUUUGGCCACGAGGACGAUGGUGGGAAGCAAGAGGGCACCCCAGGCACAGCCGUGGGGAAGGUGGCCCGCAAGCAGGAUAACACUGUUUACGCCGUCCGCCGGUCCAAGAGACUCAACCCCGAGCUCGGGCACUGGCUCUCCUUCCUUGAUGAGCCACCCCCCGAGCCCUCCGUGCCCCUGGCCUGCAGAGAGUCUGCACCAUGCCCGGUGCUGGAGGGCUUCUCUGCUGAAGAGCCUGCGGCUGAAGUGGAGGUGGGGGGCACAGCACCAUCGGUGGAGCCCCAGCCCCUCUCCCUGGGUUCCCCAGUGGAUGCUGAGGUGGGAAUCGGGGCUGAGAGCCGGCGCUGUGCCCUCCUGGAGCAAACAGAAACACCCAGGUGUCUCACGCUGUCCUUGGCACAAACUGACCCAGCCUUUGGGAAGAGAAACUUUGAGCCAAUGCUGACCGUGGAGCUGUGUGGGACAGCAGGUCUCACACCACCCACCACUCCGCCAUACAAGCCUGCUGAGGAGGACCUGUACAAGCCAGACAUCCCUCAGGAGCCAGGGAAGGAGGAAGGGAUGGCCCCCAGCCCUGGGGGUGCAGGGGACGUGGCAGCCUCCCAGAAAGCCCCCAGGAAGCACCCUGAGAGGACGGAGCUCUUCGCCCACCUGAGCCGAGCUGCCGCCGCACGCCCCACGCUCCCCGAGCAGCAGGGCCUGCUCAAGAGGCCCUUCUCCCGCUCCUUUGGGGACCACGACUACUGCCAGGUGCUCAAACCCGAGGCUGCCCUGCAGAGGAAGGUGCUCAAGUCGUGGGAGCCCACGAGCCAAGUGGAGACAGAGCACAAGAGGAGGGUCCCGGCUGCCCACUACCAGGGACUGGACCUCGGCAAGGAGGCAGGCGGCGAGAUGCUGUGGAAGGAAGGCAUCAAGCAGCUGAGAGACCAGGAGAUCAGAGCCAGCUUAACAAAGCACUUUGGCUUCCUGGACAGUGCUCUCGAUGACGAGGACAUGGCUUUCUGCAAGACCCCUGAGUACGACACCGUCUUUGAAGACAGCUGCAGUGAGAGCGGCUCCCCUGUGGAGGAGGAGGAGGAUGAGGAGGAAGAGGAGGAGGAGGAGGAGGAGGAGGAGGAGGAGCAUGGCAACAACAAGCUGUGCCUGAGGAGAAACCCCCUUUCCAGGACCAGUUUGCAUUACUGCUCUCGGAGCAGGUCCAGCUCGGGGUCUUCGUGCUGCCGGUCGCGAUCACCUGCCAGCAGACGCACCUUUAGGUGUGAGAACGGCGAGCAGUGUCAGGGCGGGAGCAGGCACCGGGGCCAGCUGGAGAAGAGACGGGAAAAGGCCAUCGGGGAAGGCCGGGUUGUGUACAUCAGAAACCUCUCCAGCAGCAUGAGCUCCAGCGAACUGAAGAAACGCUUCGAGGUGUUUGGUGAAAUCGUGGAGUGUCAGGUCCUGUCCAGGACUAACAGGGGGGAUAAAUACGGCUUUAUCACCUACCGGUAUUCAGAGCAUGCCGCCUUAUCUCUGAAGAACGGCCCCUCGCUAAGGAAGAGGAAUGAGCCUUCCUUCCAGCUCAGCUCUGGUGGCCUUGGGCGCUUCUUCUGGACCAGAUAUGCUGACUUGGAUUGCGGCACGGAGGAAUCCUCCCCAGCUCCCGUGAAAAGCAAGUACGAGACCAUGGAUUUCGAUAGCUUGCUGCAGGAGGCCCAGCUAAGCCUGCAUCGGUAACAGCCUUAACCUUGGAGGAAUACCUCAAUACCUCAGUCAAGGCACUUCCAAUAUGUUUACGUUUUCAAAGAAAUUAUUCAGUCUAUGGAAAGCGAGAGAGAGAGCGAGAGCACGCACGCGCGAGAGAGAGACUGCUGUCCCUUCUGAUCGAUGUUUACAUUGAACAAAGCUGCUUCUGUCUGUGAGUCCCCAUGGUGUUGAUGUCUCACUGCCACACGUUAGUCCCUCCGCUUCUGACUGGUUGUUUUAGGGUGAGCCUAGGAGCCCCCCGGCCCCUCUCCCCCUCCCGGCCCUCCCCGUGCUCCCGCCGUGGAGUUGCAGCUGUGUUCACCAUAACAUUUUUUUGUCUGUAGUGUGUGAUGAUGAAAUUGUUAAUUGUGAAUAGAAUCAGGAUUAUAAACUAAUUUUUAAUAGAAGAAGAGAAAAAAAAAAGUAUAUACUUAAAAAAAUGUAUUUAUGGCUCAGAUGUACUGUAAUUCAGAUUUAUUGUACCGCUUCCUUGAUUUUUAACUAUGCACUGUAAUGAGGCACUUGCCACUCAGCAAAUGGGGGGUCAGAGCAGAGUCCCAGAGCCGACAUUCACCUGCCUCCCCCGCUGACAAACCAGGGUGCUCGGUGGUCGUGCUGGGGUCACCCACUUUGCUGUCAAAGCCAUUCUUCUUGCUCAUGUGGCCCGAGCCCCCCAGCAGCACCCAAAUGCUGAGCUGGGUCCUGAUGCUUGAUUGAGCCAGGGCCAGACAGCUUUGCACGUGGGAAGGAGAGGGGUGGAAGAAAGAUGCACUACUUGCAGCCAGCACUGCUCCAGCCCUCCGCUGCCUUUGGAGCCAGGAGGGAGGGGUCGGGGGGUUGGAGCCAGCCAGGCUUGAAUCCAGCGGGUCCUGCUGGCACAGCCUGGGGGAUGGGUAUCUCUGGGUCAGUAUGAGGGAUGCGGCUUCUCUCCAGCCCCUCGGAUGGCUGGGAGACCAGCCAGGCCAAAUGGUUUGCUCUGCACUCACUUCCAGCCCCUGCAAACAAGCAGGGUGAGAAGACCCGCCUGUGAUCCCCGCUGGGCAGCCAGGUCAAAUUCCAGAGAGGUGGGAGGGGGCACAGCACCCAUGCCGAGUGUCUGCCCACCCAGCACCCCCCCGCCCUCCACCCACUGCUUGAUAAGCCAUACACUUCCCAGCACCCACUCGGCACCCAGGAUCCGUCCCCGUGCCCACCAGUGCCCCCCAGCACGUUUGCCUGCUCUGCCUCUGGCCAGGGGCCCUCAGAACUGGAUUUAAGGAAUGCUCAAGCAUGAGAUUUGCCUGCGGACUUGCCCUCCAUCUCUGGGUGAGUUGGGAUGGGGAGAGAGCCCACUUCUAGCUGGAGCAAACCCCACCAUCAGCUGGCCAGAGGCACUGUUUCCUGAGGGAGUGGGAAUCUCUCUGCUCCUCAAGCCAUUUCCAUUGUCUCCUUUUAUUUUUCCUCCCCAGAGACCACUAGGGAUUCAGCCAUCCUAUGUAGAUAGAAUAUUAUAGCCUUAACUCUGCCAAUAGAUAGAUUAGAGUCUCCUGGGGUCUCCCCUCGACAUGACUUAGGGGUUUUAUUCUCAUUUCCUGGCGUGGGUAUGUUUCGUCUUGCAGGGAGAAUGACCAAAACCUUUGAAACUGCACAAGGUUUGAUGCCAAAAGCCUGAGCCCUGCUGGGAUGGCCCCUGGCUCUGGGGCUGUGAGUGCAGCUGGUCUCUGGUGGGAGCAGGAAUGCCGGCAGCGCUGACACCAGCACAGUUCCCUGGCUAUUUCUUUCGGGAAAGCCGUGGUUCUGACAACAACCAGCCCGGCAGUGCGAGGGCCCAGAGGCCACCGCAGGGUCCCCAGUCAGCCACCAGUGACGAUCACUGCCAGGGAACAGUCCUUGUGCCAUUUCAGCCUCACAGUAAGGUUUGGUGUCUCUCCUGCCACAACCCCCCCCACUUCUCAUCACACCUUAGUGAACACGAGCAGCUCUGGCCGAGACUGAGCAUCUGCUAUUGGCAAUUGCCUCAUUGUAGCUUUGCCUUUUUCUGUCCUAGUAUUUCCUCACGAUGAUGAUGUUUACAUGUGAUUGCUAUAGAGCUUACGUAGAAUGUAUAUAGCGACACAUUUAGGGUGGGUAGUACUGUCCUGUGCUGUGCUGAUGUUUUUCAGAAAACGAUCAAUCCAAAAAAAAAAAACCCAACAAAAAAACAAAAACAAAAACAAAAUAGCUAAGUAAGUGGAAUUCUUCCAUCUCCCACUCAGCCAGGGGCACCCAUGGCUGGGCCCCACUGGGGAUGCAUCAAGUGUGGUGGAGGGGAAGGGUUAGUGCAGAGUUGGGGGGGGGCUCCAGCCCACUCCUGGAGGAUCACUCAGUCGCUUCCCAAGCACUGGUUUUGGUGUAUCCAGAUAAAAAAUUUCACAUUGUUUUCCUGCAGCUGGGCACCCCAGGUUGGCCCACAGCCCCUGCCUGUGCCCAGCUGCUGGAUCCUGAGAGCAGUGCCUGGGAAGGGGAGGGCUGGUCCUGCACAGAGCUGAUCAGUACUGCAGUCGUAGGGUAGGAAGAGAUGCAAUAAGUGGUCUUCGAGGUGCCUGAAGCCUAUAAGUGGGGUUGGGUUUUCUUUUCUUUGGGUUUUUACUUUUUUUUUUUCCCCCAUUAAAUUGGGAUGGUUUGUUUUCCCUCCUCCCCAAGAAAUUUUUUCCAGAUCUUAUGCACUAUGCUUAGAGCCUCAUGGGCUGUGUGCUGCAUGUCCUGGGGACGUGUGCUGCCUGCCCCAGUGGCUUCCUCCAAAUUUUAGGAUUGGGUGAGAGUGGAGAGAGCAGCUCUUCUGGGUUUAGAGUCCCUCAUGCAGGGUUUGUGGUAAAAAACAAGUUUCCACUUCAUUUUUUUUUUUCUGGGGGGAGGGUUCUUUUUACUAUAAAGGUGUCUUUAACUCACAGUGCUCGAGUCUGCACAGGGGCAGGAAGGUGGGCUCGGGCACAGGGGCAGGUGUGAGCUCCCUCCCUUAGCAGCCUGUGACUGUUUUAGAUGCUGACAGGGAAGUGGGGCAGGAGCAAAGCAAUGCCUGGGCACUGUGUGGGGGGAGGCAGACAGUGCUACCAGGAAAGCCAGGAGCUGCCAGGGAGUGGGGAUCCCCCUUGCUCCAAACAUUGCCUUUAUGUCCCACCCAGCCUGUGGCAUCAAUUUGGGUGCCCUGGGGCGGGUGCAGCUCAGAGCUGGGCACUCCAAAAAGGGAACCCUCACACCCCAGCUCCCUGCGAGGGGGCCGUGGGACAGGUGGGAAUGCAGCUUCAGAGAGAAACUGGGAGCAAAAGGGUUUACUUCGGUAGGCAAUAAGUCAGGAGGAGAUUUAUUUUUUUAAAAAUAUGUAAUUAUAGAAUGUCCCCCAGUCACUUCCUGUGGGUGCUGUGGGGAAAUGCUGAAUGUGACGAGUUUCAUGAUGAAAUGCCCCUUUGCUUGUUUUGCACAGGUUUGCCCCAGAAAAGCUCGUUGUUCAGGGUGGAAUGCUGGGUUCCUGGCUGGAAUCCAGUGGGUCCCUGAGGCUCCGCAGGAAGGAGCAAAUGUUUCUGAGUGUGUGGGCUGAAUGCAGAGGACAAUCCCAGGUUUUAGGUUCAGUGCUGCCCCAAAGAAAAUGUUUCUCCCGAUUCCUCAGCGCAGCUGGCUGGGCUGCACAUCUUGAAUGAAGCAGCAGCUCAGUCACCACGUUACAGUCCUGUCUGAUUUCAGCUCUGGUCCAUGCAAAGGAGUAUUGCAAUUGCAGAUCAACACGGUUUUAUCCUUUCUUUUUGUUUUCUUUUCCCUCUUCCUGGAGGUAUGCUGAAUCCUAAGAUACAUCAGUGUUCGAAGCUGAACCUGACACCCUUUCUGUUCUAAGCAUCGUAGUCCAUCCCCGACAAUCUCAAGCAAUAUAGAGCCAAACGCAGCCUUGGGGUUUCAUUCCUCUUCCCUCACCCUCCCUGGGGUCAGGGGCAGCAGCAGCAGCUUGGCUGCAACACAGAGUCGGGGAGGGAGAGUGUAUGCAUGCGAGAAACAGAACAGUUAAAUUGAUGCAUUUCUUGAGAAAGGUGUAAGAAUUUCACCUAAAAAGGGGCACAUCUGCUUUGUUAUUUAU